AUGCCAACCAGACAGAAAACACUGAUGUAUGGAGGUGCUUUUUUCACCAGCAUUGCAUCCUUUGUCAUCAUUUGUGCCGUUCUGGGAACCCAGGGGUGGAUGAACAGCGAGGUCAGAUUCUCUGGAGGGAACUCUACCACUACCGUCAGCCUCACGUAUGGGCUCUUUCAACUGACCUGUGCUCAGGUCAUCAACUCCGGGCUGCAGAUCUCAGAUAGCAAUUUCCAAGUUGCAGAUGCUCUGAGCAGCAGUGGAACAAAAAGCAUCAACACAGCCAUCAUCGUGCUUCUGGUUCUCAUCUUGCUGAGCUCCCUCCUGAGCUCUGGCUUUACGUGCACCAACACUGUGAGCAACCCCUACCAGACCUUCCUGGGACCCAUUGGAGUCUACACCUGGAACGCCAUAAGUGGAAUCCUCACACUUUUGGUCAUGAUACUUUUUCCUGUGAAUGUGGAAGGCAAUGACAUGUCUGUGGAGCUGGCCAUCAAAUGUAUUUCUCUGUCCCUGCCACACAGUGGAUCUGAACACAGAUACGAGUACUCCUAUUGGAUCCUGCUGCUCAGCAUCAUUUUCAACAUUGUUACUAUUAUCAUCAUCUAUUUCUACGACCAUGCAAGAUAUUCUAAGAAGAAAGAACAGGAAAGGCCGAUUGAAAACGCAUCAAAAGAUGUCAUCCUGUUUUAAGGACAUCACCAAAAAGAGGGUCUAAAAUAAAAUGACUGUUUAAC